AUGAUUCAUGGACCGUGUGGCGCCAUCAAUCCCCAAUUACCUUGCAUGGUCGAUGGAAAGUGCUCUAAACGAUAUCCACGGAAAUUUACGGCGGAGACCGUCACUGGUAACGAUGGUUAUCCGCUGUAUCGGCGUCGAUCACCAGAUGACAACGGUGGAACUGUCACAACAAAAGUGAAAAGAAUGGAUUUCGUUAUCGACAACAGUUGA